UUUACAACAGAAAUUUAAAAAUGCUCUUCCCCCAUAUAGUUAGUUAGAUACUAUCUUCCUUUCACUCUAUGAUUUGCUACUAUUUAUCUAUAAGCACAGCGAUGAAAUUACCUACUACAUCAUUUAUUUUCAGAUUAACAAAUUGGGAUAUAAGGAUUAAAGAAUGUUUAUCAAAUGGUUUUUGGCAAGAUGCAUUCUUUUGCUAUGUAGGUAUAAGAAGAUGUGGAGUACAAUUAACAGAUUUUUCACUCAUCCCUUCCAUAAUGAAAGCAAGCUCAAAAAUUUCCUUCAUACAUGGAGAAAUAUUCCAUGCUUGUUCAUUAAAGUUUGGAUAUGAUUCCUUCACUUCUGUUGGGAACUCGAUUCUAGAUUUUUACAUGAAAUGGGGUGCACCCAAAUCAGCUUUAUCCAUGUUUCAAGGAAUGAGAAACAGAGACUCUGUUUCAUGGAACAUUCUUACUCAUGGGUACCUUGAUCAUGGUCUUUUAGGUGAUGGUUUAUGGUUUUUUUUGCAAGGUCGAGUUUCGGGUUUCGAACCAAAUGUUUCUACUUUAAAUCUUGUAGCUCAAGCUUACCGGGUCCUUCUAGAUUUUAAUGGUGGAAGGAAAUUUCAUGGUUAUUUAUUCAAAUGUGGGUUUAUUGGUGUUAUUUCCAUGAAAAAUGCUUUAUUAGGUGUGUAUAUGGAGGCGGAUUUUGAGUAUGCACACAAAUUGUUCGAUGAAAUGUGUGACAGAGAUGUGAUCUCUUGGAGUUUAAUGAUUGGGGCUUGUGUGCAAAACGAUGAACCAUUGUUGGCUCUGAAGAUGUUCAAAGAUAUGGAAGUUGAGCCAGAUGGGUUGACUAUGGUUAGUAUUCUUAAGGCUUGUAGUAACCUUGAAGACAUCAAUGUAGGAAGAUGUCUUCAUGCUUUUACUAUUUCUCGAGGGCAUGCUAUCGACGUGUUUGUUUCGAACUCUUUGAUUGACAUGUAUUCGAGGUGUAGCGAUCCAGUCUCAGCUUUGAGGGUUUUUGAUGAAACAAGUGUGAAAAAUGUGGUGUCCUGGAAUUCAACCUUAUCUGGAUUGAUUUACAAUGAAAUGUUUCAAGAAGCUUUAGUUUUAGUCGAUUCCAUGGUGAAGGCGAAAACUGAAAUGGAUGAAGUGACGCUUACGAAUCUUCUUAAACUAUGCAAGUAUUAUUCUGAUCCAUCUCAGUGUAAACUAUUCCAUUCCAUAGUAUUAAGAAAAAGGUAUGAAUCAAAUAUGUUGGUGUUAAAUUCCUUAAUCGAAACUUAUGCCAAGUGCAAUCUCAUUAUGUACGCAUGGAGACUGUUUAGCAGAACAGAUAUCAGGGACAUGGUUCUAUGGGCCACGAUGAUUGGUGGAUUUGCAUAUUGUGGCAUGCCCGAUGAAGCAAUUAAUACAUAUAGAAAAAUGAGUGAGUUUAGGGAGAGAACUAAUCUAGUUGUCAUGUUAAACUUAAUAGAAGCUUGCACAAUUUGUGCUGAACUCAGAAGUUCUAAAUGGGCACACUGCAUUGCCAUCAGAAGUAGCUUAGCUACAGAUGUAUCUGUGGGAACUGCAAUUGUAGACAUGUAUUCGAAAUGUGGGGCCGUAGAAGAAGCAAGAAAGGCAUUUGAUCAAAUACCCAAUAAAAACAUUAUUUCAUGGAGUACUAUGGUGUCGGCAUACGGCAUGAGCGGGCGAGCUGAAGAUGCAAUAGGUCUAGUAACUGAAAUGAAGCACCAUGGUUUCCAACCAAAUGCAGUGACUGCGCUGUCAGUCUUAGCUGCUUGUAGUCAUGGCGGGCUAAUUGAGUCGGGCCUUUCUUUCUUCAAAGCAAUGAUUCAAAAAUUUGGGGUUCAACCAAGUUUCGAGCAUUAUGCUUGUAUAAUUGACUUAUUGAGUAGAUCAGGCAAGUUAGAUAAUGCUAUGGAGCUGAUAGAAGUAAUGCCUGAACAUUUUAAAGGCAAGGUGAGUAUUUGGGGGGCUGUGUUAAGUGCAUGUUCAAGGUACAAAAACUUCGAGAUUGGCAAAGAAGCGGCUUCUCGUGUGCUUGUGUUGGAGCCCUUUGGUUCGUCCGGUUACUUGUUAGCUUCGAGUUUGCAUGCUAGUACAGGGUCAUGGACUGAUGCAGAAAAGAUGAGACGAUUAGUGAAGGAAAGAGGAGUGAGAAUAAUAGCUGGUUAUAGCAUGAUUUGUGUAGGCGACAAGGCUUUAAGGUUUUUGGUAGGAGACAAGUCCACACCACAGGCUAUAGAGAGUGGCUGUGUUGUUGAGAAGUUGCACAGAUGUAUGAACAUUGAUGAAGUAUAUGAUGAAGUUAUAGAAUGAGAUUAGUUGUUGCACAUAUGUUAAAUUUACAAGCCUUUUUGAAGUGUUUUAGAAUUUGAAACAAAGACAUGAGAAAGGGUUUAGGAGUCGUAGAUACUGAAGAGAAGAUGAAAGAGAAUCAUUUAAGAUUGUUUGGGCAUCGAGUAAUGAAGGGGUAUUGUUAUAUAGGUAAGAAAGAUAUAAAGCUGAAACUUGGGGCUUUUAAAGAAAGGGCGAGAAAGACCUAAGAUGACCCGGAUUACUGUAAUAGAAAAGGAUAUAAAGGAUUUAGAUUAUAAAGUUGAAGUGGUAGAAUAUUUAAAUGAAUGGAAAAGGAGAAUUCAAGUGGGUGAUCACUGGAAUUGAUCAUUCAUGUAGCCAACCAAAAUCAAAACUAGCUUGUUGAGCUAUGUAUAUAUCCAAUUCAAAAUGGAUAUUGGAAUUGCAAAAUGGAAUAUCUAUAAGAAAAAUUGUCUAUCCAAAAUGAUCUUGACUAUCCAGAAACUUAUUUAAGCGGUUAAUUUUCUUUUUAUUUAUAUCUAUGUAGCUCAAAAAUUAGAGAUUUAAUGAAAAUUUUCGCCCAUCAAUAUUAAAUUGUUGUGAGGAUUAUUGCAUAAGUUUUUUGAAUAACUGCAUCUCGUUUCCCUUCUUUUGCCCGUGUGUUGUUGCAUUUGCAGUGCAGGGUAAGUGUAACUUCUAAGACAACCUCUAACUUCAUCGAAGACAAGGGGGAGCAACAGGAUGGAUGGAUAUUCUUCAUUUCCUUUUCGAGCUGGUGGAACAAGGUCACUCUAUUUCUUUACAACUAUAACAUUGCUUUAUGACUUUUAUACUCGGCAUUUUAUUAUCCAAGUAUCAUUAAGCUACUUCUACUUGCUUUGUGACCGAUAUAAACAAAAAGUAGAUGGAUCUUUUAAUCAUGUAAUUAUCAUUUCAAUGCAUCAUCUGUAUGACCGACCCACGAACCCAAUGAACCAUUGGUCGCGGGCCUUGUUAAUUCAUUUCUUGAACCUUUUGCUCAAACUAAAAAAGCAUAGUUGAAUUUUUUAGGUUGAUAAAUCCUUUAGCUCAAAGGUGUAAUCUUUCGGUUUUUACUUUACAAUGCUAAUUAGAAAUUACAAAUAUGAUCAACAAUUAAAAAUAUGAAAUACAAGAUUUUCAUGAGGCGGUUAC